UCUGUGAGCGCGCUCCCGUUUCCCUCCGUGUGCGCGACGCCGCAUCGGGAGCGCGCGUCCGCUGGCAGGAUAAACAGGUAACUGCGGGGCGGCGUGAACGCGCACGCGUCAUCCCCGCGUCAAAAGGCUUCUUGCGGCUCCGCGUCUCCACACCGACCGACCGAGAGGAACCCGGAGAGGAACCCGGAGCUAGAGACGCACCGACUACCGAGAGGACAUGAAGGCGCUGCUGGUGAUCCUGGUCGCGGUGGCGGCUGCGCUGGCCGCCGCGGCUCCGACCGACGGCGGUAUUUCGUUCGAGUACCACCGCUACGAGGAGAUGCGCAAAGCCCUGGUGUCGGUGUGGCUGCAGUGCCCGGCCAUCGCGCGCAUCUACACGGUGGGGCAGAGCUUCGAGGGCCGCGAGCUGCUGGUGCUGGAGAUGAGCGACAACCCGGGCGUCCACGACCCUGGUGAGCCGGAGUUCAAGUACAUCGGGAACAUGCACGGCAACGAGGCCGUCGGCAGGGAGCUGCUGAUCUACCUGGCUCAGUACCUGUGCAACGAGUACCAGGAGGGCAACGACACCAUCGUCAACCUCAUCCACUCCACCCGCAUCCACAUCAUGCCCUCCAUGAACCCCGACGGCUUCGAGAAGGCCGCCUCGCAGCCCGGCGAGAUGAAGGACUGGUUCGUGGGCCGCAGUAACGGCCAGGGUAUCGAUCUGAACCGGAACUUCCCCGACCUGGACCGCAUCGUCUACAUGAACGAGCGGGACGGCGGCGCCAACAACCACCUGCUGCAGAACAUGAAGAAAGCCGUGGACGAAAACGCCAAGCUCGCUCCUGAAACCAAGGCUGUGAUCCACUGGAUCAUGGACAUCCCGUUCGUGCUCUCGGCCAACCUCCACGGGGGCGACGUGGUGGCCAACUACCCCUACGACGAAACCCGGAGCGGUUCCACCCACGAGUACAGCGCCAGCCCCGACGACCUGGUGUUCAAGAGCCUGGCCAAGUCGUACUCCGCCUACAACCCCGUGAUGUCGGACCCGGAGCGGGCGCCGUGCCGCAAGAACGACGACGACGCCAGCUUCAAGGAGGGCAUCACCAACGGGGGCGCCUGGUACAGCGUGCCUGGAGGUAUGCAGGACUUCAACUACCUGAGCAGCAACUGCUUCGAGAUCACGCUGGAGCUGAGCUGCGAGAAGUUCCCCCUGGAGAGCACGCUCAGGACACACUGGGACCAGAACCGCGACUCCCUCGUCAACUACAUCGCUCAGGUCCAUCGUGGCGUUCAGGGUUUCGUACGUGACCUUCAGGGAAAUCCCGUCUCCAACGCUUCCAUUUCUGUGGAGGGCAUCGACCACGACCUCACCUCAGCUAAGGACGGCGACUACUGGCGCUUACUGGAUCCGGGGAACUACAAAGUUUCUGCUUCGGCUCCCGGAUACGUCACGGUGACCAAGAAGGUGGCGGUUCCACACAGCCCCUCCACCCGGCUGGACUUCGAGCUGGAGUCUCUGGAGGAGAGGAAGGAGGAGGAGAAGGAGGAGCUGAUGGACUGGUGGAAGAUGAUGUCGGAGACCCUCAACUUCUAGCUUAGCGUCAGCGCCAGUCGUGGGUGUAAAAUAUUUUAGCGUCGUCGUGGCUUUGGUUUUGUUUUAUUAUUUGAGGAGCACUACACGUGGGCCGCGCCCUAUUAUUCAGUCUCGACCUGACCCAACUCUAUUGAACCCGGUCGCUCGGGAACAGCACUAAAGGUGCGCUCAUGCGCCCCCUGUAUUCGAUUCUAACCCCCGAAACCCGGGCACUGGUGUAAUAAAUCAUAAAAAACUUAGAAAGAAAGAACUGAAUCAAACAGUAAGCCUAUUUCUCAAGUCCUGAUGUCGUGCUCUUCAACACCAUACGCUUCACUGUUCGGCUAGUAGAUGUAUUUUGUGUUAUGAUUUAGAUUUUUAGCUAAUUAUGAUCUCUAUUUUUAUUUGUUUUGGGGUCGCAUUUUUCUCGUUAGAUGCGUCACCAGGUACGCCAACCAAUCAGGAAGCACUGUGUCGUGAAGGAAUGUACGUGUCGAAUAUUUACGCUUUUCUCUCUUUCUAGCUUGAGAUUAAAACUCUGUCUUGUGAUUUCCUUUUAUUUUAAGUAUAUUUAAUCACGGAAUUAAACAAUAAUAAUAAUAUAACAUAUAUAAAAUGAUGUAUAAAGUAUUAAAGCGUUCAAAGCUAAAAUUAAACAGGGAGGGUGCAACACCGCGGACAACCAGCAGAGGCCGCCAGAGGACCGCGCUAAAAGUCCAAUAUUGUUAAGCACAAAUAAAUAAUCACAUAAACGUCACACACACACACGGCUGUACAUACACGCCCGCCCUUCCCCAGUGUGUUUAAUUCGAACCGGACGUAUACAUAACAUGGAUAACUCGAGGACGCCCGUGAUAAUCCCAAACCUCCCAAAGUUUCUCCUUUCCAUCUGAUGUGUCGCGUCUUAUAUAUGAAUGUACCGUCGAUCUGAAUCUGAAUGAACGCUGAUUAAAGUUACAUGAUUUUCUUGUCA